CAAAUAAUAAUCAUAAAAUUAACAUUAAAACAGAAGAGUGCAGAAUAAAAACCUGACAUCUUCAGGAAGACUGUUCCAGGUUUUAGCUGCAUAAAACUGAAACACUGACCCCAUGUUUAGUCCUGACUCUGGGCACCAGCAGGAGGCCGGUCCCUGAAGUCCUCAGAGUGUGAGAUGGUUCAUGUGGCUCUAACAUGUGGGAGAUCUACUUUGGUGCUGGUCCAUGGAGAGACUUUUACACAAACAGACCUGCUUUAAAGUCUAUGUUAUUAAUUUGAUGUGGAUGUUAAAGUUCAAGUGAGUCCAUUAUUACCCCUAGAUUUCAAGCCAGACCCACUCCAGCGGUCUUCCUCAUCACCGACAAGUCCCCCCAUAACCUGGCGUCUUCCUACUUCAACAACCUCCUCCAUCUGCUCUUGUGGCUACCUGGCUGACACACUGAGAGACUUUCAGUAUUUUAUGGCUUGGUUUGACAUCAUAUCACGGGGUUUUGGCCCACUGAGUGGUGCAGCUUGUGGACUUGGGGCUUGGGGACAGAACCUGGGGACUGAUGUUGGGGACUCCUUGCAAAGAGGUAUCUAUGAACUUCUGAGAUGCUACAGCCUCUUACAUCAAAUAUGGCAGAAAAUGUUCAAGAGGAAACACUUCAGGGAAAUGUCCUCUCAUCAAUGACAGAAACAAAAGAGCGGAGAGAGAGAGAGAGAGAGGCUUUCCUGUUGUGUCUGCACAGUUUACCUGGCUCCCCCUAGAGGCUGCUGUGAUGCCUCAAUCUGCUGACCCUGCCUGACCAGUUCUCCUGUUAUGCUGCACUGGGACCUUUGACUGAGACACAAAAGCUGCAGCUAAACUUGAAUUUCCCUCAGGCUCAAUAAAGUAUCUCUCUAUAAGCACCACCCCUCUUGCCACCUCGAACAGCCGACUCAAACCUUCAAAACAGCCUACAUCCCCAUUAAGGACUGAGCAUUUACCCACUGAUCCAAAGUUCAAAUACCACUAGUUCCCUGGACACGUCCACUGACCCACAGGUUGGCGCUGCAGAUUCCAGCUCACACAGAUGAAUACUGUCUAUGUGUCCGAGGAAAGUCACUUAACCCACCUUGCUAUAUACAAAUAUGACCAUUAUUCAUACUGAUGGAAUAAUAUGUAAGCAGCAGGACACUUCAAACCCCACUCACCUUUGAAGAUGAUAGUGCCAGCCAUAAAGAUAUUUGAUGCUAGCCACACCUUUUCUGGGCAGGUCAGAAAGGGCUUUCACAGAUGGUUCACAUGAGUUUGGACUGGCCUGGAGAGCGUUGCUUAGACAAGUUCCUAAAUGUGACACUUCCCACUGAAAGACAAUAUGGCAGCAGCAAGACCUGUUCCAAUGAAACGAAGCAUCAGUCUUCCAUCACACAAGUCUGAGCUGAAGCUGGUUCUUCUGGGGGAAAGUCAGAGUCUGAAGGCUCCGGUGGGAAACCUCCUUUUGGGAAAAGCACAGUUCAGUCAACAUUAUAAAUGUGUCAAAGGCAGUGGAAGAUUUAAGGACAGACCAGUGACUGUGGUCUACACUCCAGACCAGCUUCUUUCCACUGUUUCCAAUGAUGGACGGAAGCGGUUUAUACAAGAGAUUAAAGAUCUGAGUGGCCCUGGUCCUCAUGUGUUUUUGCUAGUUCUACAGCCUGAAAUCUUCACUGAGGAAUACAAAAGGAGAAUUCAGUCAGUCCUGGAGAGUCUCAGUGAGCAGCCCUUCCACAAUUCAGUGGUGUUGAUGUCCAGACCACGAGCAGUGUCACUAGGGUCCAUGGAGGAAUACAUGAGUCAGCCACAUAUAAAGGACUUGAUCACUAAAUGUAAGAACAGAUAUAUGUGGAUGGAUUACAUUGAUCUAAAUGAUCUGAAACUUAAAGAGCUGUUUUCCACAAUCAAUAUGAUUUGUGAGCCAGACUAUCCACAAAAACCUGCAGUUCCGAAAAAUAGACAGGAGUGUCUGAGGAUUGUGUUGUUUGGGAAAACUGGCAACGGAAAAAGUGCCACUGCCAACACAAUUUUGGGCCGAGAGUCUUUCAAAUCUCUUACCCACGUUACAUCUGUCACCAAACUCUGUCAGAAAGAGGAGGGUGAAGUUGAUGGACAGAAGGUUGUUGUUGUUGACACUCCUGGUUUAUUUGAUACAUCUUUGUCAAAUGAGGAACUGCAGGGGGAGCUUGUAAAAUGCAUCACAAUGCUCGCUCCUGGGCCCCACGUCUUCUUAUUGGUGCUGCAGAUCGGCCGAUUCACUAAAGAAGAAAAAGAUUCGGUGGAGCUAAUCAAAACGUACUUUGGAGAAAAAUCAAGUGCCUUUAUCAUCACUCUCUUCACUAAAGUUGAUGCCCUUGAGAAUGUGUCCAUUGAAAAUUACAUUGAGGGAAGUGACAAUUUGAAGAAAAUUAUUCAAGACUGUGGAGGGAGAUUCCAUGGCUUUAACAAUAAAGACAAAAACAAUCAGUCACAGGUUCGAACACUCAUACAAAAAGCCAACAAAAUGGUGAUGGAAAACGGAGGGAGCUACUACACAACAGAGAUAUUCCAAGAGGCAGAGGUGGCCAUAAAAAAGGAGAUGGAGAGACUGCUGCAAGAAAAGGAGGACGAGAUUAGAAAGGAGGAGGAGGACAUUCAGUAUAACUACAAACAAAUAAUAGAAGCGUUGGAAAAACAAAUGGGGAAGGUGACAGACCCAGAGGGUGAAUGCAACACGGUUGAGCUGAGAAAAUUUGAGCACAAACGAGAAGAAGAAGAGGACAGAGAGAGAAAGGGACAAAAGGAGAAACAACGACAACAGUGGAAGCAAAGGCUUGAGAAGUUUGAAGUAAAAAGCAAGUUGGACUUGCAACCAAAACAAUUAAGCCAGGAAGAUCCAAGGAAAUUGCGAAGGGUCUCAGGGACAGAGAACCAGACCUCUGAAAAUAGAAGUAUGGAACAGGAGAGCGUCAAAACAAUACAGCCUCCUAAGGAAACGAAUAUCGUCAGGAAGAACAUAGAAGAUCAAGCCCCCCAAAAGCUGGAGGAGACGCAGAUGCAGGAAUUAAUAAAAACAUACCAUGAAGAGCUGGCAAAGCUGAAGGCCAAAUAUGAACAAGAAGCCCAAAAAGAGGCAGAAAGAUUAAAUGAGUUUAAAGACAAGUACACUCGAGAUUUUGAUGCUCUCCUGGAGAAACACGGGGAGGAAAUCUCAUGUCUGAAGAAACGUUAUGAGAGAGAAAUAGUUCAUAUACACACCCAGAAAGCGUGCGGUUCUUUGCAGAAUAUCACAGCUUUCACUGAGGGACUUUUAAGUGAACCCGUGUGGCAUGUCAAUGACACACUACAACAUGAAAUAAGAAAUCGACAGCAAGAGGAAAUGAAUGAUUUGAAGAAAAAACAAAAAAAGCAUUGUUCAAUUUGCGUCCCACUGAAAGGCAAUAUGGCAGCAGCAAGACCUGUUCCAAUGAAACGAAGCAUCAGUCUUCCAUCACACAAGUCUGAGCUGAAGCUGGUUCUUCUGGGGGAAAGUCAGAGUCUGAAGGCUCCAGUGGGAAACCUCCUUUUGGGAAAAACACAGUUCAGUCAACAUUAUAAAUGUGUCAAAGGCAGUGGAAGAUUUAAGGACAGACCAGUGACUGUGGUCUACACUCCAGACCAGCUGCUUUCCACUGUUUCCGAAAAUGGACAGCAGCAGUUUAUACAAGACAUUAAAGAUGUGAGUGGCCCUGGUCCUCAUGUGUUUUUGCUAGUUCUACAGCCUGAAAUCUUCACUGAAGAACACAAAAGGAGAAUUCAGUCAGUCCUGGAGAGUCUUAGUGAUCAGCCCUUCCACAAUUCAGUGGUGGUGAUGUCCAGACCACGAGCAGUGUCACUAGGGUCUAAGGAUGAAUACAUGAGUCAGCCACAUAUAAAGGACUUGAUCACUAAAUGUAAGAACAGAUAUAUGUGGACGGAUUACAUUGAUCUAAAUGAUCUGAAUCUUGUAGAAUAUAAACUUAAAGAGCUGUUUUCCAUAAUCAAUAUGGUUUUUGAGCCACACCAUGCACAAAAACCUGUGGCUCCGGAGAGACAAAGAAAUAGACAGGAGUGUCUGAGGAUUGUGUUGUUUGGGAAAACUGGCAACGGAAAAAGUGCCACUGCCAACACAAUUUUGGGACGAGAGUGUUUCAGAUCUGUCACCCACCCUACAUCUGUCACCAAAAUCUGUCAGAAAGAGGAGGGUGAAGUUGAUGGACAGAAGGUUGUUGUUGUUGACUCUCCUGGUUUAUUUGAUACAUCUUUGUCAAAUGAGGAACUGCAGGGGGAGCUUGUAAAAUGCAUCACAAUGCUCGCUCCUGGGCCCCACGUCUUCUUAUUGGUGCUGCAGAUCGGCCGAUUCACUAAAGAAGAAAAAGAGUCAGUGGAGCUGCUGAAAACGUACUUUGGGGAAAAAUCAAGUCCCUUUAUCAUCACUCUCUUCACUAAAAUUGAUGCCCUUGAUACCAUGCCCAUUGAAGAUUACAUUGAGGCAUGUGAUGAUUUGAAGAAAAUUAUUCAAGACUGUGGAGGGAGAUUCCAUGGCUUUAACAAUAAAGACAAAAACAAUCAGUCACAGGUUCGACAACUCAUACAAAAAGCCAACAAAAUGGUGAUGGAAAACGGAGGGAGCUACUACUCAACAGAGACGUUCCAAGAGGCAGAGGUGGCCAUAAAAAAGGAGAUGGAGAGACUGCUGCAAGAAAAGGAGGACGAGAUUAGAAAGGAGGAGGAGGACAUUCAGUAUAGCUACAAACAAAUAAUAGAAGCGUUGGAAAAACAAAUGGGGAAGGUGACAGACCCAGAGGGUGAAUGCAACAAGGUUGAGCUGAGAAAUGUUGCACAAAAACAAGAAGAAGCAGAAGAGGACAGAGAGAAAAAGGAACAAGAGGAGAAACACCAACAGCGACAACAGUGGAAGCAAAGGCUUGAGAAGUUUGAAGUAAAAAGCAAGUUAGAGUCGCAACCAAAACAAAUGAGCCAGGAAGAGAUAAGAAAAUCGCAAAGGAUCUUAGGAAAAGAGAUAGAUGAGUGGUGGUCAAACCGGACCUCUGUGAAUAGAAGUAUGGAACAGGAGAGUGUCAAAACAAUACAGCCUCAUAAGGAAUCCAGCAUCAUCAGGAAGAAUGAAGAAGAUCAAGCCCCCCAACAGCUGGAGGAGAUGCAGGUGCAGGAAUUAAUAAAAAAUUACCAUGAAGAGCUGGCAAAGCUGAAGGCCAAAUAUGAACAAGAAGCCCGAAAAGAGGCAGAAAGAUUAAAUGAGUUUAAAGACAAGUACACUAAAGAUUUUGAUGCUCUCCUGGAGAAACACGGGGAGGAAAUCUCAACCCUGAAGAGAGAAAUAGUUCAUAAACACACCAAGAAAAAAAAUACACGUGGUUCUUUGCAGAAUAGCACAGAUUUGAACGAGGAAACUUUAAGAGCAACUACGUGGCACGUCAACGACACACAGCUACUCGAUGAAAUGAUAAAUGAAGAUGAAGAUGAAGAUGAAAUUAAUGAUUUGAAGAAAAAACCCAAAGGGAACUGUUCAAUUUGCUAACCUCAAAAUUGCUCAAGAUAUUACAUAUACACUACCAGUGAAAAGUUUAGACAUUUUUGAGUCUUCUUUAUUUCCAUGAUUAUUUACACUGUAGAUUCUCACUGAAGGCAUCAAAACUAUGAAUGACACAUGUGGAGUGCAGUAAACAAAACUCAAUAACUCCAGUCUUAAAAACAGCCACCCUUUGCUUUGAUCACUGCUUUACACUUUUGGCAUUUGACCCUGACAAAGCACAGCUGUGAAGUGAAAACUAUUUCAGGAGACUUCAUCAAGAAGCUCAUUGAGAGAAGGCCAAGGGUUUGCAGCCCUGUCAACAAAGCAAAUGGUGGCUAAGAUUUGAAUAAAAAAUAUAAAGAAUAUUUUGUGUAGUUAUUUGCCUUUUUUCUUUGCUACAUAAUUCCAUAUAUCAUAGCCAACAAUGACCAUGACAACCACGGAUUUUGAGGUCUUCUGGAUCUGUAUAAAAUGUACAAAGUUGUAAACAAAAAAACAAAAAAAAAUUAAUGAGAGGGUAUGUCCAAUCUUAUGACUAAUGUACUUGUGAAUUGUUAGAAUCUUAGUAAACCGAGUAGUAGUAGAAAAGUAAAUAAAUAUGUCCAUGUGCUUGACCGACAUGUGCUCGGUUUUGAAUAACACUUGACUGUUAAGUGGCACGACACAAACUGUACAGUGUGAUUGUCUUUACGAAAUACAUCAAAUGUCUAAAGGUUUCUUGUUUGUUCUUCAAAAAAAUAAAUAAUUUGCAAUUAGUUUGUAUGAAAAGUGUUGUUAUUAAUUUGUUAUCGACUAAAUAUUGAUUUCCAUUCCAAGUCUUCUUGUCUACCCGUAAAAGUCACCGCAUGCUACUGAGUACUGAUUUGCAUUCCCUUUUCAGUUGAUGUAUUUCCUCAGGCCAAUAUAUAAAAAAACAAAAAAAAAAAAAAAAAAAAACACAUUUCCGCUCCAUUUUUCACAUACAAAAUGUAGGCCUAAACCACAAAUGACCAGGACGUCUAAACUUACCUGGGAUCCAAAAUAUACACUUCUUCAAUAUUUACCAUUUUAAGAUUUGAGUCUGGUCACUGCAGCAUCUUCCCGUUUUCAAAUGGGUUUGACUGACAGGUGGAUUAGACAAUCAGUGACACGCAUGGUCUUUCUGUAUUUGAAAAAAAUAAAGGAAAAAAAAUAUCAAAAACGGCUGAAAAACAUGAGACAUUUCUGCAGAAUCAAUGAGCCAAGCACUAAACUCUAAUAAUCUGAGGUGAGAUAAAUGUGAUUUUGUUUGUAAAUGAUAGGUGACCAAUGAGGUGACCUGUUUCAUAUGGGUCAAAAACUGGGUCAGGAAACUGAUUGCAUGAUGUCCAGUUCUGAUUUGAGACGCAUCGGAGGAAGUGGGGACCAGAAUGAUAUCAAUCUGUAUAAAAUAUACAGUGAUAGUGUAGAACCUUAGAGUGUUAACUACAGGGGAAUAAUAAGUGUAAUAAUAAUAAUAAUAAUAAUAAUGUACUAUUCUAUGGACCAGGGAAUUUCAGUUAGAUUUGACUACUGGAGCAGUUGUUGGGAGAACCUGAGUAAGAAGAACCACAGACCAGAGAAAUAAGUUUAAAUUGCCGGCUUAUUAUUUGAACAGUUGGUAAAUAGG